AUGCUCUACAUUGAGUAUGGAGAAGAAUGCUUCUAUAGGUAAACAUUUUUCCUAAAUGCAGAAUUAUGUAAAUUCUUUAUUCCUACGGCAUCAUCUAGACAUGUUUUUCCAUCACCGCAAGGAUAUGUCAGCCAUGGUGACAGUUGGUUGCCAUUGGGUAGAGAUGGAGUGAAGCCAGAAACAGACUUUGUUCAGGUUAGCUGUGCAGCUAACAAUGUCACAACUUACAAGUUUGUUCAUUAUCAGGUUUAUAAACGGUAAGCCUUGCAUCAAUGAUCGCUCGAAAAAUUCGAUCGGGGGAAGUAACGGAGGCUACGCUAUUCUCCUUGUUAUUUCCAGGCCUGAAAUUUCUCCUCGAACCACAGAUUCCACUAAGAAAAGGCCAGACGUCCACAUUCUAGUCAUCGACUCCGCUUCAAUGCCGCAAGUGCGCCGCGCUCUCCCGAAGACAGUGAAAUACAUCGCCGAAGAGAUGGGCGCCCAGUUCUUUUUGUUCCACAGUAAAAAGGCCGCCGACACGAUGGGUCAAUCGCACGCUUUGUUGAUGGGAAAAGUCACUGAAAAACUGUGGGCAAGACCCGGUUCCGAGAGCUAUCCGCACAUGGAUAUUAUGGACGUUGGAGCGUGCGCGGAGAACAGUACAUAUGUGUUGAAGACGUUCAGAGAUCGAGGAUACAAAGUGUUGAUGAGCGAGGAUUGGACGACGCAGAAGUUCAUGAGUUGCAAAGAUGAAGAGGAACUGGCGGUGGAUCAUUACAUGAGGUAUGAUUUAUCAGAGGGCAACGAGGCUGUUAAAAAAUUACUUUUUGCACAACGAUAUCAGGAAUAAGUCACUCCUAUGGCUAUAUUUUGUUCUCAGACAUUUACUUUCAGCGUCUACUGGUUGAAGAUGAAGCAGAUCUUCCCUUUCAGUCAUGUUUCCGCACAUUUCGGGCCGGCCGGUCGAAUUCAUUACCAUCCAAACAUGUGGGAAAAAUUCUGUAUCGAACGGCAUUUCCAAAUGUGGAAUUAUCUCGAGGAUUUCAUGGAGAAAUACAAAAAUUUCCCACAACUCACUGUGACAUGGCUGGGCCAUCUCACACACGAUUAUCGCGGUGAUUUGUUCAAAUACGACGAUGACUUUUUGGAAUUUUUUAAGCGAAUGAAAAAUAAGGUAAGGGAAAAUACCAAAGAUGUGAUUGUUUUUCUUACUGUAGCCUAAUUAUACAUAUAUGUUUGACUUAUUUUCAGACCAAAAAUUCGCAUUUCUUUUUCCUCGGCGAUCAUGGAAAUCGAAUCUACUCGGAUAAAUCCAUGUUUUGGGAUCGGGUUGAAGAUAAAAAUCCUGCAUUUUUCUAUAUUCCGCCACAGAGUAUACAGAAAAACAAGGCAAUUAUGAAAAGGGUAAAACAAAAUAGUCAACAGUUGGUGUCUACUAUGGAUAUUCACGCAACACUGGUUGAUAUUCUUAAGGUAAAUACGCCAAAAACCCUUAAAAUUUUUCUUUCUAUUUGGUCAUGUUUAAACCUACUACAAUAUUGAAUAAUUACAAAUAAUUGCGACUUCAGAACGUCGACGACUUUGAUUCACCAAUCGCGCCGAAUAUGCCAGAAUAUGUUGUUGGGUCAAGUGUUCUCCGCGAGCUCUCACAACCUCGAAAUUGCGACACUCUGGAGCUUUCGUUCGAGUACUGUAUGUGUGAAACGUUUGGACCAAGAACUCAGAAUCACUCGUUGUCCCAUGUUCUGGCAAAUGCUGCUGUCAGAUACAUGAACGACUUUAUUCAAGCAAGCAAUGACAGUGAUAUCUGCGCUCCACUAGAACUGUCGAAGGAUUUCAAGCCCUAUGUGGAGGAGUAUCGACCGGAAGAAUAUAAGGAUAAAGAGGAGCGAAUCUACAUUGUGACGCUGAAAACGCAUCCGGGAAACGCUUUGUACAUGCCGCAUAUCUCGGUAAGUUUAAAUAGAACAAAAAGACCCUUAGGAUGCAAAGCUCACAUAUUGUCAGGUUUUGAUGGAAGGCACAUACAUAUGUAUUUUGAAGGGGGAUUUGCAUUAAAUUUUCCUCGAACACGUUGUGCUUAUACCAGAUGCCAAUGGAGAUUUGAGGUCGCGCUUUCCGCGGGAAAAUUCACGGUUUUUUUAAGAGCACUCAUAAAGGAAACUUGGCCCAACUUUAUGUUUCAUCAAAAUCUAAUUUGGAUAGAUUUUUAGAUCGAAAGUCGGCGAAAAAUUUAGACUCAUUGCCGAAUUUCGGCACGAAAAUUUUCUUGCUUAUUUCUAUUUCUACCAUAGAGGGUAAUGUUUCCACAAGAAAUCGCAUUUUUCCGCGCGAAACUAGCAAAGUUAUGGCCAAAAAGUUUUUUUUCUUUUUUAAGAGCACUCCAAAUGCACGGAGCGUUCUAGAAAUUUAUGGAAACUUGGCCCAACUUUAUGAUUCAUCAAUAGCUGACAGCCUCACUUGGAGCAAAUAUCCUGUCUAUUUUCAGGUCAGUAAUAACGGGACGAUGAAAGUUGUCAGUUAUGUUGGUCGGAAAAACGCGUUUGGCCAUCAAGCCCGAUGUAUCAACGACCGAUACAAAGUCAUGAAAUACAUGGAUAACCUUUGCUUCUGUAAAAAUCUGUUGAACGAUGAACGAGAAGUGAAUAAAGUUAAUAAUUAG